AUGGAUAGUAACGACGCCAUCAUUUCGUACACAUUUGAGGACGGCUGUCAUGCCGACGCCCCGCCGACGUUUCUGACACUGCCGGUUGAGCUGAGAUUGGAGAUAUACGCCUAUCUUCUGCGCCUGGUCGAGCCUUGCAAAGGUUUCACCCCUUCUGAGAAACCUCGAGUACACCCACAGAUUCUCUCCGCCUGCCGGCAAACGCACUUCGAGGCACAUCCCAUGCUCUAUCGCCUCAACGCAUUCUUGGCACACCCGUCUCUCUUGACUUCCUUCCCUAGGCUACGCCAGAAGUAUUCGCCUGUCGCAUCGUCCACAAUGGCAUCCCUCAUCCGGUCCUUCAAGCUGAGAGUCAGACUGGAUGCCGGGCCUGGAUUCACGCGCGAGGCUGCAACUGAGGCGUUCAGCGGGCUGGAUGAAGUUGAGAUUGAGGUGUGGCAGGCGGCGUAUCGCGGAGCUGGUAGGGACGUGCUUGAGCUGUUCGAGGAUAUCAGAGGAGUAAGGAAAGCAAGGAUCACUGGCAGCACGAGUGGCUUCGAAGAAUAUGCUGCGUGGCUAGAGAAGUCAAUGAUGAGUCCAUCAGGACAGCAGCUUGGCAGAAAAUAUACUGGCGAGACGGGUGAUGUGAGCAUGGUGAGUUUGUUCUGGAAGGGGACGGUGUAA